AAUAAUAACAAUAAUAAUAAUAAAGACAGGAUUAAUAAUAAUAAAGACAAGAGAGAAGGAGGAAUCCAGGAUAAAUUUUUAACAUAGAUUUGGAAAAUUUCGGAUCGUUUCAACAGUCCAAGACGAGUAAAGAGAAAUUCUAAUUUAGAAGAAACGUAGUCGAGGACUUGCAAUAAAUUUUUCCAAGAAGUCUUCCAAGAAGGAAUCACCGAGUGAGUCGAGAAACUUAGAAGGGCCGAAGAGACUGAAAGGCAAACGAAAAUGCAAGGCCCCACGCCGCUAACGUACAUACCCGCGGAGCCAAGGUGGAAACACUGGCCAACCUACAUUUACGACAAGAACUACAGUUACGGGGUCAAUUUCUAUCAACCGAUGCUGGAGUACAUCGAUCGUCAAGGUCGAAGUUCCUCGUUAACGAGCGAUUAUCGGAGCCACAGAUCGGAAUUACCGGAAUUACCCUGGUCGGAUGGUAGAGCUUUAUGGGAGAACAGGCCUGUAGAGAGAUACCCGAGACACGAACUGAUUAAACGGGCAAUCGACGCGGAGGACGAGGCCAGGGAUCAUCUGUCCCACUUCAAGAUAGCGAAUCGGUCCAACUUCAGCUUGUCGAAGGUCGCUCAGGCUAGUCACGUGACCAGAGAAAUAUUCCCGCGAAAACCAGAGGAAAUCAAACGUCCGUCAAACUUGUUCCUGUUACUGGAGAGUGCACGCGUGAGAUCCCUAAGAGAAAUGGCCAAUAUCGAUAUUCAAUCGCUGAGAGACGCGCAGGUCAUAUCCGAGAUACAAGACACGCUCAGUCGCGGUAAAAGUCUGCGUGGUAAAUCGGCCAGAGCGAUCGGGUUCCAUCUAACAGCAGAAUCGCUGAAGAAACUGAACAGAAGUCAAGAACUGGCUGAUAUUCGGAAGGAAACUGCGUCAGCAAAUUAUUUGCUGGACGGCAGAGAUCGGUUGAGGAUCUUGGAAGAGAGGACCAAGUAUUUGCUGGACGAGGACAAUCUGAUCGCGCCGUUGAACAGCCUGAGCAGGGAGCUGAAAGGAUACGAGGAGAAGUCGAGCAAUUACUUCCUGGACAAGAGGUAUCGACACCCGACCAGACCGAGACGAUUGUACGGAUGCCUGGGAAUCAGGCCCGCUUAAAAGGAUGGAAAUUCUAGUAGAUUAGUUAAUCGUGUGGGUAAGAGUAAUGUGACACGGAACAAUUACGAAAAUAAACGAUAGAAAUGAGAAGUAAUUAUACUGUCGUUUGACCCUCGAAGCUUGUAGGCGCAGAUUAAACGAAAAUGUAUCGAUUAGAUUAGAAUUUUUGGUUUAUUUUUUUUCGUUCCUGAAAAUAAUUUGUUCAUUAAAAUUUUGCUUAGAACAUCAAUGGAUUCUCACGAGAUUCACACUUACAUAAGAUAAUAAUCAUCUUUCUCUAAAUAUCUCAAUCAUCAAAUAUUUUUUUAUUUUUUAAACUUCGAUUCUUCGUUUUUGCUUGACAUUCAAUUGUCAUUUAAAUUUUAGAGCAGCUGCAAAUAUCUUUAAUAUCGAACGAAAUUAAUCAUCAUCUCUAAAGCGCCGAGCGAAACAUUGAAACAUUGAAAUAAAUUACGCGCAUCUUUCUUGUUACAUAAACACACUUUCCACUUGUGAUAACACAAAUGGUAAUGCUUCUGAAAUCGAUGCACCCAUUGCCAAGCUAACUAUUGCAUCGAAACAUCCAAACUAAUGCUGCAUCGAAAUAGACAAAAGCGCAAAGAAUCCCUAACCAACGUGUUUCAAAACACCCCGGUAAUCUAACACUCGUUGAGUUACUAAAUAUGUUAUUGGUAAAAUGUCAAAUAUUUCUAAACGCGUUAACCUUCGGUGUUCACCGAAUGGUGCGAUUCUCUUGCAAACGUGAUGAUAGCAAUGACAGAAAGGCAUGGUACCUUCACGAUCCAAAAUUCUUGCUGUUGUCACCUGGAAACAAUAGUCUGGUUUGAAACCCUAUAAAACGAUUGUAAGGGGUGAUCGUAUGUUCACACGAAAUGAAAUAAAUUAGCAAACAGACCAGUAUCGAGAUC